UUGACUUAUUCGAUCCAAUAAAAUUGAAAAGUCAGCUUGGAGCAGGUUAGAAAACAAGAAUAUAGUAAGAAAGCGAGAUUUCUUGCCCAACACUAACCGCGUCGGCUCACAACCAUUUCUUCUUCUAUAAAAGUCUACUACAUUUCUUCAGACGAUUAAUUAUUUGAUUACAUCAAACAAUUUUUGAAAAUUCAUCAAGUUCCAACAAACUCCUCGUACCUCUUUUAUCGAUCAUCAACUUAAAUAUAUAGUAUUCAAAGUUUAGUUUAGUAAUCGAAAAUAUAAAUCUUUGGUAGAAACAAAACAUGUCGAUAUCCAAAUCUUUCUUCAACUUCAGAUUCGUCCCUGCUCCAGAUUCCCAGCCCUCCAAAACUCGAAAAUCGAUGUCCUUAUUUUCUUCUUCUUCUUCGUGUCUUGCGAUUCUGAAGAAUCACUAUCAAACCCGUUUAUGGAUAUCGAAAAAGCAUUACGCAAGUCCAAGGAGAUUGGUUGUACGCAGCGUUGUUCAACCGGGAGUUCCGCCGCCUUCUGAGCCUCCUUUCAACUUCAUAAAAUGGAUUUUGGGGGUAGCUAUAACAGUAGUUCUACCGUUCUUUAGCGGUAAAUGGACAUCGCUUCUGAAAAUUAAAAAUGAAGUGGAGAUGGCGGUGGAAACAGCGGAAGAGAUAGUCGAUGCAGUGGAGAAGGCGGCGGAGGGGGUGGAGAAGGCGGCGGAGAAAUUGGCGGAGGAUCUUCCCGAGGGCGGAGGCCUCAGAAAAGCAGUGGAUUUUGUUGAGCAUGUGGCUGAAAUAGCUAAUAAGGAUGCUCAUAAAUUUGGAGACUUUAUAGAUAAGGUUCAAGAAGUAGAGGAGAAAGUAGAGGAUUAUGUGGAAUGUGUCGUUGAGGGCGCCAUCAACCAUGAGCAUCACAAGGAAGAUAAUCAAGAAAAUGGAGCACAAAAUGAGGAAGAAGAUAGAGCCCAAGAGCCAACCAAAGAAGAAGAAGAUGUUAAUGACACAGGCAAACAUUAACGUUUUUAUUAUUUAAUUAUUGGAGCGCGCAAAUAAGAAAAUGUAGAGUACGAUUUUUAAAAAAAGUGUACAAUUACACAAUGACAUAUUGUACUAGAUUUCUUAAUUCUUUCCGAUGUAUAGCAAACGUCAACUCGGCUAUUGAAUUCAUACUUUAAUAUGCCUCAA